ACCCAGGGCUAGGGUGGAGGGCGGAACUUUCGGGCCCGGCACGGCGGGGCAGCCGGAAGGUACGGUGGGGACUGCGCUCCGGGCGCUCGAGGCAGAGCAGGGCGGCCGGGCCGGGACUGCUUCGCUAGCCUCAGCUCCCCAGACCGGGACGGGGCGCCCACAGCCCGGCCCGGCUAAGACCCCCUGGUCGCUCAGAGGAGGAAGGGGAAGGUCCAGGCCCUGCGCCUUCGGGACGCCCCGGGCCGACCCACACCCGCGCAGCGCCCUCCGUGUCCAAGAGCCGGAGCAGGUAGCAGGGCUCGGGCCUGCCCCCAGCUUGUAGAUGGCAGGAUUUCUCUGGUAUAUCUAGUAUGAGUUACACAUCUUGGCCUCUUAUCCAGCUUCAGCAGUCUCAUCUCCAUCAUCUGGAGAAUAAAUGAGAUUUGCAUGAGCUCCAAACCUUGAGCUGUAAUACGGACUGCAGUGCUAAUAUCCUUUUCUUCUGGUUGUUAGUAACAGCUCCUCAGAAGAUUAAAUGUCGUCAGAAGACCGAGAAGCUCAGGAGGAUGAGCUGCUGGCCCUGGCGAGUAUUUAUGAUGGAGAUGAAUUUAGAAAAGCAGAGUCUGUCCAAGGCGGAGAAACCAGGAUCUAUUUGGACUUACCACAAAAUUUCAAGAUAUUUGUGAACGGCAAUUCAAAUGAGUGUCUCCAGAAUAGUGGCUUUGAAUACACCAUUUGCUUUCUGCCUCCACUUGUGCUGAACUUUGAACUGCCACCAGAUUAUCCAUCCUCUUCCCCACCUUCAUUCACACUUAGUGGCAAAUGGCUGUCACCAACUCAGCUCUCUGCUCUCUGCAAGCACUUAGACAACCUGUGGGAAGAACACCGUGGCAGCGUGGUCCUGUUUGCCUGGGUGCAGUUUCUGAAGGAAGAGACCUUAACCUACCUGAAUAUUGUCUCUCCUUUUGAACUCAAGAUGGGUUCUCAGAAAAAAGUUCAGAGAAGGACGGCUCAAGCUUCUUCCAACACAGAGCUAGAUUUUGGAGGGGCUGCUGGAUCUGAUGUAGACCAAGAGGAAUUUGUGGACGAGAGAGCCGUGCAGGAUGUGGAAUCAUUGUCGAGUCUGAUCCAGGAAAUCUUGGACUUUGAUCAAGCUCAGCAGAUAAAAUGCUUUAAUAGUAAAUUGUUCCUGUGCAAUAUCUGUUUCUGUGAGAAGCUGGGUAGUGAGUGCAUGUACUUCUUGGAGUGCAGGCAUGUGUACUGCAAAGCCUGUCUCAAGGACUACUUUGAAAUCCAGAUCAGAGAUGGCCAAGUUCAAUGCCUCAACUGUCCAGAACCCAAGUGCCCUUCAGUGGCCACUCCUGGUCAGGUCAAAGAGCUAGUGGAAGCAGAGUUAUUUGCCCGUUAUGACCGCCUUCUCCUCCAGUCCACCUUGGACCUGAUGGCAGAUGUGGUGUACUGCCCCCGCCCAUCCUGCCAGCUGCCUGUGAUGCAGGAGCCUGGCUGCACAAUGGGCAUCUGCUCCAGCUGCAAUUUUGCCUUCUGUACUUUGUGCAGAUUGACCUACCAUGGGGUCUCUCCCUGUAAGGUGACUGCAGAGAAAUUAAUGGACUUACGAAAUGAGUACCUGCAAGCAGAUGAGGCCAGUAAAAGAUUUUUGGAACAGAGGUAUGGUAAGAGGGUGAUUCAGAAGGCACUGGAAGAGAUGGAAAGUAAGGAGUGGCUAGAGAAGAACUCAAAGAACUGCCCAUGUUGUGGGACUCCCAUUGAGAAAUUAGAUGGAUGUAACAAGAUGACUUGUACUGGCUGUAUGCAAUAUUUCUGCUGGAUUUGCAUGGGUUCCCUCUCUAGAGCAAACCCUUAUAAACAUUUCACUGAUCCUGCUUCCCCAUGUUUUAACCGGUUGUUCCAUGCUGUGGAUGUUAAUGGAGAUAUUUGGGAAGAUGAGGUUGAAGACUAGUUAACGUCUACUGCUCACGAUAUGGAAGUGGAAUGGUUUGCCCUAAUCUUCUGUCAAGUAUACAGAGUAACUUUGCAGGAUAUUUAGGGUACCAUUGAUUCACUGUUCCUAUAUGGCAGAACAAGGUUUAUAUUUUCGUGUGGUACUACUGAUUAAGGCACAUUCAUAGGUUUUUCAUUGCAACGUAAUUGAGGAAAUAUUAAGCCAAAGGUUUAGAAAAUGAAAACUAGAAAAUGUUAAAUAUUAGAAUGUGCCCAAAGCUUUGAGUAGUUAUAAAUUAAAUAUUUAUUUUCUUCUCCAAGCUUUAGGUAAGGAGAAGAAGGGUCAAGAGUUAAACUUAUAGACCUUUUUAUCUCUGAGAAGCAUCCCUCUAAGACAUUCUGUGGGAGCUCCCUCAGUAGUACCUUUACAACUGGGGUCAGGAGAAGCCUUAUUAAAAUUGUACUGAGAGCCUGAUCUUAUUUACUGCAUGUUACAUUCUUUCCAACCUGAAUUUCUGCUAAGUUAAUUUUCUUUGGAGGAAGCUCUUUAUAACUGAUUGGAUGGCCCGGUGUCAUUUUGAUCCGCUGCUUUUCAGAAUAGAAAUUUAUAGAUAAUUUAAAAAAUAUUUUGUAAUACCACAAACACUGUGGGUCACCUGAUAUAUUUAUUAGUGGUCUGUAGUCCACUGGUUUUGAGCCAAGUCUGGAAUUUAUUGAUACUGGCUCAGAAGAAUUUCAGCCCUAUUCAACUUUUCUGUUUCUACUAGGCAGUAGAGCCUAGAUUCAGAACAACUUGUUUUUGCUACCUUUUGUUCUACAUUCUCUCCAUUGACUCUUGCCCUGCCUUUCAUUGGUAAGGACAAUUUUAAUAUUUCCUCCAACAGCUCAUAUUUUUAUUUCCUCUUCUGGGAUAGGAGAAAACCUAAUAUGGUCCUAAGCCGAACGAACUGAACUUUAAUUAUCUGCAUUUUGAACACUGCAUCACCAUAGUUCCAGUCCCAACUUUCUGAAUUCUUUUUAAAGGGCUUCUCUACUGAGCUAUGGAAAUUUGUCUUCUUGUCCUUUUUUUUUCAACAGCGCUGUUUCAGGGGAUAAUUUUGGCUUUAUACCUGGAUCCCUGUUUCUGGGUUUUGUUGGCUUUUUGAAAAAUUGUCUUUCCUUAUAGUUUGGUAAGUGGCUUGGUAACAAAAUAAGAUUUGGGGGAAAAAAGGAGAGAGGAAUUCUGCAGCUGUGAACAUGUUCAUUUUUCCUAGCUUGUUAUUGAAAAUUGGGGAAUCACUUUUAACCAUUUUAUGUGUGUGUAUCCAAAGAGCACGGACUGUUUCUGGAUUGUCAAUGAGGAUGCUUAAUCUUAAAAAUAAAAAUUAUUAAAAAUUUGUCUUAUAA